GUGGGCUGUUUGGAAUAGUGAUGGGCCAAUUCGGCACCCAAAACUAAAAGCCUAUAGCCGACUAACUCCACUUCCCUGAAAACUUGUGUUGGUGCCCUUCUCGCUGCACUGCUUCUUCGUUCUUCUCUCUGGCGACCAAACUCGAAGAAUCCAAACAGCAGGUUUGUUGUGGAAGAUGAGUGGUGUUGUUAGGGCUGCAUUGAGAUCCACCACUAGUGUUUGUGCACUUGUGCAGAGAAGCCAUGGCCUCCUCCCAUUGAGGUGCUUCUCCACUGAGGCAGAACAGCCACCUUUGAAUUCAACACCCCCUCCUCCUCCGUUCUUUGAGACUGACCAUUCAGGUUUGACAUAUGGUAAUCUGCUUGGUGUUCGUAAAUAUGCGCUGAAAACUGAUAUCAUCAACUUUCUUGAAGGGUGUAAUUUGACUCUGGAGGAUGUUAAAAUGGAUUAUGACCGUAGCUUUUCCCCAGUUUCAACGUUGUUGCAAUUCCCUACUCGUGAUUCCUUUGACCAUGCUGUAAAAGUGAUUUUAAAGAAGGGUCGCUUGUACAAAUUGGACAGGGUUAAUCUUCACCAAUGGGACCAAGUAAAACCAUAUGACGGAAAAACUAUUUUAAUUCAAGGAAUGCCUCGAGCAGGUACAUAUGAAGAUAUAGGACGCAUCCUCUCCGGUUUUGAAUUUGAUUCCUCCUCCAUUAGCUUGUUUUUAAGGCCCGGAGGUACGGCAGGUGCGGAUCCCAUUAAACUGGCCACAGUACGUUUCAAUUCAAGGACUCAAGCAAUGAAUGCAUACAUUGCAAAAAAUGGAACGUUUUGCCAAAACAAUCGCAUUUGGAUACAAGUUAUCCAGUAAUACACGCGCCCCUUACUGGCGCUAGUGUUAUAGUACUGCUUUAAUAGAGUGCAGAGUAGUUUAAGUUGCUUUUUUCUUGGUAAUUUUGGAUUUCAUAAUGUCUUCGGUUUAAAGGGAUGCAAGGAAAUGGCUACCUUGAAUAAAAACACUUGAUAGUUGAUUGGUAGUUGAUGAAGAGUUUGGUUUUUCUUCGUAUUGAAAUGUGUUUUUAUAUUAACGAUGAAGUCAAGGUUUUUUAAAUGACUUUGAAAACGUGUUGUUGAUUAUAUGAUAAUUUGAGUUUAGAAAUUCCAUAUA